CAAUUACAUUGCUGAGUACUUCAACCAUACUUAUAUUUACAAAACACUUGUUCCAGUUUUGUUUCAAUUAAAGCACAUGGAGUAUUUGGACCUAAGCAUGAAUAAUUUCAUUGGCCACCUACCCAAAGAAUUAUUUGGUCUCCAAAAUCUGAGGCAUCUAGAUCUCUCUGGGAACUAUUUUGAAGGUGAGAUUCCUAUGGAUGUUGGCUCUGUACACACAUUGAAUCACCUCAACUUGGCUGGGAAUGAAGUGUUUAACUCUAGUUUAAGGUGGGUGGAGAAGCUGCAAGAGCUGAGAUAUUUGUCUCUUGAAAGUGUAGUGCUAAAUAUGACAACUUGGAAUUUGGAAGCAACCCUUUCUCAUAUCCAUCAUCUCCAUUACCUAAACCUUGCCAAUUGCUAUCUAUCAGGGCACAUCCCCAAUGCCAUCCAAAACCUCACCUCCCUCUCCCAUCUUAUUUUAGAUGAAAAUUACCUUAGUUCUAUAGUGCCUUCAUGGUUGGGAAAUAUGCCUCAUUUGCAAGAGCUUAGUUUGUCUGAAAACCCAUCACUGAAUGGAGAUGUAGUUACUGUGGAAUUUUCUGAUGUUAUUGGAGCAGUUUGA